UUAAUAGAACAUAUUAUCGUUAUCGCGCUGCCGUCUCAAUGCUCAUCUAUAAAUCUAUAAAUAUAAUAUAUAAACGUUUAAAGUUUCAAAUUUUUGAAACGAUAUGAAAGUAUUAUCUCAACAAAGUGAAUUCAAGAAAGAUAUAAGUAAAGUUUAUGACCGAAUUCUUACUGAACUAAAAAACUGAUUUGAAAAAUGUCUGAAAUUGCUGAAGAUUUUCAAUUUUUGUAUGGUAGUAGCAUGAUGGAUAACUUAUUGGACUAUGUACAAAAAUGUGCAAUUGAUCUAUCCCUCAAUAUUGAAAAUACGGUCAAUGUUGAAAACGAAAUGAUGGGCAACUCUACUAAAUGUAAUUAUUAUUCAGCCAUUAAAGCUAACUAUAAAUAUAUAUUAGAGUUAGUUAUCAAUAUGGUCAAAUGUAAGUACAUAGAAAAAUUAAAAGUGAUCUUAAUCUUAUUUCGGUUCCUAUUCUCUGAUUUUAUUAAAAUGUUUAUGAUGCCAAAUCAAGGACCGUUGACAAUUGAUAUAAAAAAAAAGCUCAAUGUAAUACAUUUUAUAGAAAGAUCAAUUAGUCAUUUUAAUUUCCUAAUACUUACAAUGAAAAAUGUCCUGAAAAAACUUCACGAUAUGGACAUAGAUAAUUACAUCAAGUUAACAUUAGUUAAACAACUUUCAAAUAUUCAGGAUACAUUUCACCCAAAUUAUGAUAAUCUGGACGAGUUCAUUGAACUGUUAAAAAAAUUAUUUCAUAAUAUCUGUUCAAGUGCAACAACCUUUUGUUCAAUUAAUAAUAAAUAUUUACCCAAUAAAACUGGUUUAUAUUUUGAAUUUUAUAUGCAAGAUGAAAAAAAUCAAACAGAUAAUUCAUGUCUAAGUUAUUUUUAUUUUAUUUGUGAGAAAAUUAACAAUACAAUAAAUGAAACUAUAAAUAUGUAUACCUUUAAUUUGGUUAAUAUUAACCAAGUUAUUUAAGUAUUCUAAUAAAAUGAAAUAUUUAAAGAUAAUAUUAAUUAAUCCAAUGGUGUAUUUAGACAUUUUGAAAUGGGGUUAGAGGUUCAGACAACAUUAAGAAUUUAGAGUAGUGGGAGAUUCACCCUUCCACUAACCACCGCUACUAUGUUUUAAUGUCCAUGGAUGGAAGUUGUAAGUUGAAGGAAUAUUUAUUAUGAUUAAAUAUUUCAUAAAUAAAAUAUUUAAAUGUCAUUUAACUUAAAAAAUAUUAAAAAUGUUAAACAAAAUUACACUUAAUUUCUAUUACACAAAUAUAUAAUAAAAUGAAUAUUAUCAAAAUUCUUUCGAUUGAUUUUUAUUUUAUACUUAUAUCUGAUUUUUGAUGGUCAUAA